AUGAACCAGGCCGAGUCUUCAAGUUUCAACUUUGCUUUUCUCCACCAAGUCCAGUUCUCCCUCCUGCGACCGCGCCUCCUCACCGCGCUCCUCUCCUCCGCGCAGAUUCCCACCUCCAACCUGAUCCACGACGGAGAAGACUUCCCCGAGUUUGAGCUGUUCGAUGACAUCGCUGUGGAGGGCGGGCCGCGCUCCUACGCCCCGGCCGCCGGCGCUCUGUCCGUGACCGGCCUGGACAUGUGUCAGUCCAUCAACAAGCCCAACCACUUCUCCACGCCGUACGACACGGGGAACCUGGUGGUGCGGCGCGGCUGGGAGUUCGUGGUCCAGGUCACCUUCAGCCGGCAGCUGAUGCCCACAGACGACUUCCAGAUGGAGUUUCUGAUCGGCUCCAACCCUUCGCCCAGUCGGCGCUCGCUCCUGGUGGUGACCUUCAGGGGCGGCACCACUGGCGGCUGGACCGGCCGCAUCGUGGAGCAGCGAGGGGCCACGGUGCUGUUGGGGGUGGUUCCCUCCGCCAACGCCAUCGUGGGAAAAUACCGCGCCUACGUGGCCAUCGUGACCAGCGCCGGGCUGCAGCGCACGCGCCGCGACGCCACCACCGACCUCUACCUGCUGUUCAACGCCUGGUGUCCAGAGGACGAGGUCUACUUCCCCGAGGAGCAGGGCCGCAGGGAGUACGUGCUCAAAGACUACGGCGUCAUCUUCCAGGGCUCCGCCGACGCCACCAGCAGCCGCAACUGGAUGUUUGGGCAGUUCGAGCGAGGGAUUCUGGACGCCUGCAUCUACAUCCUGGACGCCUCCCGCAUGCCCAUCGGCAACCGCGGCAGCGCGCUCAAGCUGGUCCGGAAGGGAUCCGCCAUGUUUAACUCCCAGGACGACAACGGCGUGUUGGUGGGCAACUGGAGCGACGACUUUUCGGGAGGAACGCCUCCCACGCUGUGGACCGGCAGCGUGAAGAUCCUGCUGCGCUACGCCAACACCGGCGUCCCAGUCAGCUUCGCCCAGUGCUGGGUGUUCGCCGGCGUCUUCAACACCUUCCUCCGCUGCCUCGGCGUCCCGUCCAGGGUCAUCACCAACUUCAACUCGGCGCACGACAACACUGGGAACCUGAAGACGGAUCUGAUCUUCAAGCCGGACGGGGCUCCGGACCGGCGCCGCACCAGAGACUCCAUUUGGAACUACCACUGUUGGAACGAGGUCUUCAUGGUGCGUGUGGACCUGCCCCCCCACCUCAGCGGCUGGCAGGCCGUGGACGCCACUCCCCAGGAGACCAGCGACGGACAUUUCCGCUGUGGUCCCGCCUCCGUCAACGCCAUCAAGGAGGGCAGCGUCUGCCACCCCUUCGACGCGGGUUUCGUCUUUGCUGAGGUCAACAGCGACGUGGUCUUCUGGAAGCGGGACCGUUACGGGAACAUGGAGACGUUCCGGGUGGACAAGACGCACGUGGGCCGCAUCAUUUGCACGCAGGCGGUGGGCAGCACCGGCGCCCAGGACAUCACCUCCCUCUACAAGCACCCUGAAGGAAGCGCCCAGGACCAGCAGACCAUGGCGCAGGCCGAGCAGUACGGCUGCGAGCGCGACCACUCGGAGGUGGCGGAGCCGAACAUCAGCGUGGUCAUCAGCAGCGAGCAGGUCACAGGUCACAGGUCCGUGUCCUGGCCCGGUGUGGAGGUGGACGCCGGGCGUCUGGGGUCAGGUGACGCGCAAAGCCCAGGGUUGGGGGGAGAUCGGGGAGCGGCCCGGGGUCACGUGUCGGUGCCGCUGGGUCAGGACGUGAAUCUGGCGCUGGUUUUCCGGAACGCGGGAGACAAAUCCAGGACGGUGCAGGGCAACCUGUCGUCCAGCAUCAUCUUCUACACAGGUGUCACCUCCGCCCACCUGAAGGAGCAGCCAUUCAGCAUCACCGUGCCGGCCUAUCAGACGGAGCAGGUUCUGCUGAAGGUGUCAGCUCAGGAGUACCUGUCCCAGCUGGGCUCGCAGCGCAGCCUCUGCUUCACCGUGUGCGGUCAGGCGGACCAGGACACGGUCAGCUACGUGAAGGUGGUGCACCUGCAGGUGCCGGCGCUCACCCUGACGGUCAGCGGUCGUCCUCGCGUCAACCAGGAGAUGUUCGUCACCGUGUCCUUCACCAACCCGCUCACCUUCCCCCUGCAGCAGGUGCACCUGGCUGUGGAGGGGGCGGGGCUGCUGAGCGCCAAGACCCGUUACUACAACGUGGUGGAGCCUCUGGCCUCGCUCUCCUGGAAGGAGUCCUUCAUCCCUCGCCUGCCGGGCCAGCGGCGUCUGGGGGCGCUGCUGGACUGUCAGCAGCUGCGAGAGGUGGGCGGGACGGUGGAUGUCACCAUCGAGGCCUGA